CAUCCGUUGUCGUCGCGCUUCGGUUCUUUUGCGUCCGAAAAUUCCUCCUCCUCCUCCUUCGCAUUCUUAUCGCCUUCCUUCCGGCGGUACUUUCUCAACGGCCGCCCUUUUUGGCACUCAUCUGGGACACUUUGCGCAGCUCUCGUUUUUUUUUGUUUUUUUUGUGGGCAGCUAACAAGCUAAAAGCCACACGGACAAGCGAGGUCGAUCGGAGACGAAAAGGGGCUGCGCGAUGGACGAAAAACGGCGAGGAGCGGCGAAAAUUUCGCCUCUGAGGGUUCGGUGGAGGUUUUUGCCAUAAUAUGGCGGGCCUUUGCGCGUGCGCAGUACGCCCGUGAGCAGGUCCGGUCGGGAAAUGCGUUUCGCGCAUGCUCAAAGCGGCCACCCCCCCGGAUCGGAAGUUCGGAACGCCGUCCGCAGAACCAACGCUCGAGUCGAUCCCGCGGAAGGCGUCUCUUGUUGUCCGUGACGUAUCACGGGGCCCGGAUGUCGUCAUCUGCUCAUUAGCCUCACAAGCUAGCUCGGAGCCGGUUAGCCGCGAACAAAGGCCGCCCGCGACACGUGCUGCUCAACAGCCGCAGUCGGCUCGUCUCUUUCUCUCUCUUUUUUUCUUUCUUUGCUUGCUUGGCGCUUGUUGUCGUCGUUGUCCGGGCAAGAUGUCUAAAGUCCAGAUGCUGCGAGCGUUGGUCAACGAGCGGCUGAGCGCGGCCGUGGAAGAGGUCUUCGCCGUGUUGGAAAGAACCAUAGCGGACUACGAGGAGGAGCUUUGUCGAACCAAAGAGGAGAACCGGCGACAGCGUCAACUACUCGACGCCGUUUUCAAACCUCAAGCGGAGGACGCGCACGCGCCAGAUGCGCAAGGGUGCCCCCGCGUGAAGGAGGAGGAGGAGGAGGCGGCGGCGGAGCAAGCGGACGACGCCGACCUCGGCAAGCUGGCGGUGACGUGCGUCGUGGUCAAGAGCGAAGACGAAGGGCGAGCCGAAAGUGAGGAGAAGACGGCGUCGGACGGCGACGCCGCCGAGCGGGAGGGCGCCGGCGGGCUCUUUGCCUGUCCGCGGUGCGACAAAACCUACGGCAGUCGAAGACAUUUGAAAAGACACGCCAAGAGUCACGCCGACGCGGAGGGCCUCCCACCCCGCGGGGAGCCCGGGGCGCCGCCGGCCCAAGCGGAGCCCCCUUUCUCGUGUUCCGCGUGCAACGUGACCUUCAAGUUCCAGUCCACCUUCCUCGGCCACAUGAGGAAGCAUUCGGGCGGCAAGUCGUUCCCCUGCGGCGUGUGCAACGCCACCUUCCGCUUCCGCUCCACCUUCGUCAACCACAUGAGGACGCACACGGGCGAGAAGCCCUUCGCCUGCCAGGUGUGCAACGCCAGCUUCGGCGUCCACUCGUCGCUCUUGAGGCACGCGCGGCUGCACACGGGCGAGAAGCGAUUCGCGUGCUCCUUCUGCGACAAAAAGUUCCCCCGAAAGGCCAGCCUGGUGGAGCACGUGAGGAUCCACACCGGAGAGAAACCGCUGUCGUGUUCCGUGUGCCACAUGAGCUUCAGGUUUCAUUCCAAGCUGGUGAAACACAUGCGAAGUCACAAGGGAGACCAAGCUUUGGACUGUCCCGCCUGUGGCCAAACGUUCGAGUCCAGGCUGCGGCUGGACAAACACGCGUGCGCUGGCGGCGAGAGCGGCCGCGCUCAAACUCGCUUCAAGGUGUAGAUUUCACCGUCGCCGCAGAGAAAAGACAUUUGGGAGCGGAUUUUGGUUGACCUCGCAUUUCGAAAAUCGUGUGUGUGUGUGUGUGCCUUAAAUGUCCCCCGGCCCAAAAUAAAGUUUGUUCAAUUUGAAUUCCAACGCUUGUCCAUCAAGUCAACUCCCAGCGUACACCAAUGAAAGCAAAGACUUGCCACACG